GCUGAGGGCUCCGCGAUGUCUGUUGACAGCGGCGGCGGCUGGGCGGCCGGUUCCGGAUGUGAGUCGGAUGGAGCGGCCAGGGGAAGGCGAGCAGCCGCCGCAGCAGCAGCCGUGGGGCAGGCUCCUCCGCCUGGGCGCCGAGGAGGGCGAGCCGCACGUCCUCCUGAGGAAACGGGAGUGGACCAUCGGGCGGAGAAGAGGCUGUGACCUUUCAUUCCCCGGCAAUAAGCUGGUCUCUGGAGACCACUGUAAGAUUAUAGUGGACGAAAAAUCUGGUCAGGUGUCACUGGAAGAUACCAGCACCAAUGGAACAGUAAUUAAUAAGCUGAAGGUUGUUAAGAAGCAGACCUGCCCUUUACAGACUGGGGAUGUCAUCUACUUGGUGUACAGGAAGAAUGAACCAGAACACAAUGUGGCAUACCUCUACGAAUCUUUUAAUGAAAAGCAAGGCGUAACACAGGACUCCUUCGAAGCUAAUAAAGAAAAUGUGCUCCACACGACCAAAGAUACCUCAGGUACAGGGCGAGGCGACGACCCUGGGGCCCUGCUGUCGGCACCCGCCACUCAGGUGUGCUUUGAGGAACCACAGCCAUCGACGUCGACGUCAGACCUCUUCCCCGCGGCCUCUACCUCUUCCAUAGAGCCCAGCUCUGCAGGGCGAGUGCCUCCCUGCAGCCCCAGCUUCAGAGGUGCAGGCGUCCCCCCAAAAGGGUGUGGUCCAUCCAUGGCAAGUGACGACAUCACCAGCUUCCCUUUGGCUCUCCCAGGCAGAGAGGGAGCAUCCUUUUCUCGGUCGGAACCCCAGGAUCAGGAGGACUUGGGGCCUGUUAGGAAGAGAAUGAAAGGAGAUGCAGAUGGGGAUCCCAACCUGGACCUGCCAGCGGGGGUCUCAGACCAGGACAGAGACACCCAGGCCAGCCUUGAGGUCAGAGCUGCAGCCGUGAAGCCAGACAAGAUGGAGGAGACACUCACCUGCAUCAUCUGCCAGGACCUGCUGCACGACUGUGUGAGCCUGCAGCCCUGCAUGCACACCUUCUGCGCAGCCUGCUACUCGGGCUGGAUGGAGCGCUCUGCCCUGUGCCCCACCUGCCGCUGUCCAGUUGAGCGCAUCUGCAAAAACCACAUCCUCAACAACCUGGUGGAGGCCUACCUGCUGCAGCACCCGGACAAGGGCCGCAGCGAGGAGGACAUGCGCAGCAUGGCCGCCAGGAACAGGAUCACUCAGGACAUGCUGCAGCCCAAAGUCCGGAGGGCCUUCUCGGACGAGGAGGGCAGCUCCGAGGACCUGCUGGAGUUGUCAGACGUGGACAGUGAGUCCUCAGACGUUAGCCAGCCGUACGUUGUGUGCAGACAGUGCCCUGAGUACCGAAGGCAGGCGGGGCAGCCUCUUCCCUGCCCAGGGCCUGGCAGUGAGCCAGGGGCACCAGCAGCCCCUGGGGAUGCGCCGUCAACAUCCACCAGUGUUGCAACAGCCCAGGACUACGUGUGUGCCCUGCAAGGAAGCCAUGCCAUUUGCAACUGCUGCUUCCAGCCCAUGCCCGACCGGCGGGCGGAGCGUGAGCGGGACCCUCGCAUCGCCCCCCAGCAGUGUGCUGUUUGCCUACAGCCCUUCUGCCACCUGUACUGGGGCUGUGCCCGCACCGGCUGCCUUGGCUGCCUGGCCCCAUUCUGUGAACUCAACCUGGGUGACAGGUGUCUGGACGGGGUGCUGAGCAACAACAACUACGAGUCGGACAUCCUAAAGAAUUACCUGGCGACCAGGGGUUUGACGUGGAAAAACGUGCUGACCGAAAGUCUCGUGGCUCUGCAGAGGGGAGUGUUCCUGCUGUCUGAUUACAGAGUCACCGGGAACACCGUGCUGUGCUACUGCUGCGGCCUGCGGAGCUUCCGAGAGCUGUCCUACCAGUAUCGGCAGAACAUUCCCGCUUCUGAGCUGCCGGUGGCUGUAACAUCCCGUCCUGAUUGCUACUGGGGCCGCAACUGCCGCACUCAAGUGAAGGCCCACCAUGCAAUGAAAUUCAAUCACAUCUGUGAACAGACGAGGUUCAAGAACUAAGCAUCCAGUGAGGCACCCAGAUGGCUGAGGAAUAUUGGAGGUCGAGGACAAGUGUUUCAGAAAAUACCGAAUUCCGACAGUUUGAGGGCAUUUUACAGCCCCCCUUAGGGGACACUGGGGGGGAUCUCUGCAUUGGGCCCUGUGGUGUGACUUUUACUUUGCGGAGUGAGACCCUCGGUAAGAAGCCCUCCAGUGGCCUGGGAGGCCCAGGGCGGCACAGGACGGCACAAGCUGUUCUCCGAGCUCUGGGGCCCGAGAAGCAGCCAUCACCUGUUCCCUCCCACUGAGAUGACCGCAGGCCUGCCCUCUGCACCUUCCCGCACCAUUGCAACACAGCCAUCCCUCUUCAGGAGAAGCGUCCUGGGAGAGGGAGGAAAGUUUGUCAGGAGCGCUGUGUCGUUUGAGGAAGGGGAGGCUGACAGGCCGUGGGCGUCCAGCACGCCUGCUGUAGGGCGAGCCAGCGUCUCAAGCUUGUGUUUUCAUAGAUUUGGUGCUUAUCCUCUAAUAAGACUUACCUAUCACAACCAGUAGCAUAAAUGAUAUAAUUUAUAGUGUACAAAUUGGACUAAAAUUGGGGCUAGUAUGAUAUUUGAAAGAGUAUGUCUCUGUCGAUUACAAACAAGUCAUCAGCCAUCCAGGGCUGCUAACCCCAGACCCCCGGCGUCGAGGGCACGGUCGGGCCCGUUUCUUGCUCCUCCCCUGUGUUGGGGGCUGGGGGCUGCCCAGGGGUCACCCUCUGGCUCCUCUGGAGCAGCCCCUUCCCGCCAAGAGCGUGAGGGACCCGUGCUUCCCUGAGUCCUCGCCCUCUCCUCCUGCGUUGGGUGUGCCGUGUCAUCCGGAACAAUACUUGAAAUUUUGUUCUUUGUUUAAAAAAAAAAAGUUUGUUUAUCCUUUGUCGAAAUCACUUGUUAGGUUUGUCUGCAAAAGGGUAACUUUUUUGCUUCUCCUCAGGAAUACAAUUUUCAGCUUUGUCUUGCUCUUGAUGCAGACUGAGAAGCAGCGCUCUGGAAGAAGGCUGCCUUCCUGCAUCCCAAUAAACAAGCCGUGUCUGUUUCUAUACCCA